AUGAAGGACCCAUUGGUGAGGACGAAGGUGUUAGUUCGGCACUUGCCUCCGUCUCUGUCUCACUCCGAUCUCCUUCAGCAAAUCGACCAUCAACUCGCUGACCGCUACAACUGGUUUUGCUUCCGUCCGGGAAAGAACAGCCAGAAGAAUCAGAGGUACUCUCGAGCCUACAUAGACUUCAAGCGGCCUGAAGAUGUUUUCGAGUUUGCUGAAUUCUUUGAUGGACAUGUGUUUGUUAAUGAGAAGGGGUCUCAGUUCAAGGCGAUAGUUGAAUAUGCACCCUCACAGCGAGUUCCAAAACCAUGCACCAAAAAGGAUGGCCGUGAAGGGACUAUAUAUAAAGAUCCUGAUUAUUUGGAGUUCCUAAAACUUAUUGCGAAGCCUGUUGAGCAUCUUCCCAGUGCAGAAAUACAGCUGGAAAGAAAGGAAGCAGAACAAGCUGGUGGUGCAAAAGAGCCUCCUAUUGUUACCCCCCUCAUGGAGUAUGUUCGUCAGAAACGAGCUAUCGGAAGUGGGACCCAGGUUUCAUCAGUUGUUCGGAAGGUUAGAAGAAGAGCGGGGGCUGCAUCUCUUAACAAACGUGGCUCAACUUCUACAAAACGGGUCUCUGAGAAGAAAAAGUACAUAUUAAAGGACAGUGCUAAACAUACAAGUCGAAAAGACAAGUCAACUUUCACUGUGGUCUCCAGGCGAGAGGAUCAAUUGGCCAGUUCAAGUGGAAAAGAAACCUUAGAAAAUGAAAUUGGUACUGUUUCGGGAUUCCCUGUGAUUGCAGACUCUGGAAAGAAGAAAAUCCUACUCCUUAAAGGAAAAGAGCGUGAAAUACCUUCUGCUCCUGAAGGUAUGCUAACACAGGGGAGUGUAACAUCCGUUGGAAGUUCUGUUUCAGCUGCUCCAAAGCAGAACCAAAGGCGUGAGGCUGGUGGAAAGUUGAUCAGAAGCAUACUUUUAAAUAAUGAGGGACGCCAAAGUCAAAGUUCAACUGAAAUUCAGCCUCAGCAGAAAAUUCUAAGUCUGAACUCUGACGUUAAGCGGGCGUCUCGGCCCUCGAAUGCAAGGUUAGGGUUGAAUGGUCAAGUCGCUAAUAAUGAGCCUAACUCAAUGAACUCUGAAGGGGAUAGAAAGAGGGCUACAGUUGAUAAAUUUUCAAAAAAGGACCUGCAUGGUACCACUAAUGUUAGUGAGAAGCAAGAAAAACAUACAAGAAACAAGGAUAGACCUGAUCGUGGUGUUUGGGCUCCUCUUCGUCGUGCUGAUAGUUCACAUGCUAGUGAUGAGCAUUUGUCAUCCAUGCCACAACGUCCUCAACUGCUCUCUGAUUCCUUUGAAGUUUCCCAUGGAGAAGUGAAGGAUGAUACCUCUUAUGGAAGCAGGACUGGGGAAGUUAUAAAUCCUACAAGUGGACGUAAUAGUUCUCAUGUAGAGAAUGGUUCACAAAGACAUUUUGGUCGCCGUGGAAGUGCCCAUAAUAUAAAAGAUGAUGGUUCUAUAAAUGUAAGUGAGGGAAAGCCAUCUAAAAGAGGUGCUACUGUUCAUGGUGCCCCUGAGAAACAAGUGUGGGUUCAAAAAUCAUCUUCAGGUUCUUAG